CGGGCCUUAGGGAAACAUAAACACAGUGGCCAGUGUAUCCUGAACCACGUUGCUUUUCGGGGGGAAAAGCUUUUCCCUGCACUCGUCGUCGUCAUCGGGACAGCUGUCGACAGCUUCUACAAUUAAAGCGUGGCAAAAUUGACCGGAACAUUACGCAGUGGUGGUGGUGUGAUUCAUCGAAGGAAAGGUACCAUGGCUUGCCCGUUUGCAAAGCAUGUUUCCAGCGAAACGUUCCAGCGGCAGCCAUCGAUUGCCGAAGCACCUAACUGGAACCUGGAUGAGGACCUGAGCGAGCAGGCAGGCGAUGCGCUGACGCUGACGCACCUAAACGCCGCCAUACAGCUGCUUACAGCGCCAUCGAACGAAAAUGUGCAUGAAGCACUACGAUCCCUCAUUAGCAAGUACAGCAACAGGUGGCCUGCAUUGUCAAAGAUGACAUGUGAACGGAAUUCGCUGUCGAGCUACCCUCAUUAUGACUACCUCGCUGACAUCCAGGACCAGCUCAACCACACUUACGAGUCGGACGCGUGUGAAAUACUCGUGUACCUUGGUGAGGAGCUCAUACACACCGGGUGCGUGGGUGUGAUAGAGCGAGCCUUUAAAUGUCUCGGUUCGGAUUUGCAGGAGUUUCUUGGCUCGCUGGACGGAGUGUACGAUGUGCUGAAGCUGCAGGAGGAGGAUGUCUCCGAUACCGGGUUCGUGUGUGCGGGCGAGGGUGAGCUGAUCUUCACCUCCGAGCGGCCCAUUCUCUCCUGGUUGCUGCUGGGGUGCUUGAAGGCACUCAGCCGGCUGCUAUUCGGCCAGGAGCCGGACAUUAAGCUGGAACCGCUGCCUGGCGACACGCUCCGAUACCGGUAUUUGCUGCAGACGGAAGACCGCACUGUGGAACCGCCCGUCGUGCCGCUCUGCAAGCUGAAUGCGCCGGGCGUCCGUGAAACUGUGUCGUUAGCGGCCAGUGAUCUGAAGAUUAGCAAUCUGUUUUUCUGCGACGCAUUCCCGUGGCAUUUUAUCAUGGACGAGAUGCUUAAUCUAGUACAGAUGGGGCAGGCAUUUAGCCGGCUGUUCAAAAACCAUGUCACGAGCGGGAUGGUGUUGGCUGCUAGUACCGUGUUCCGGUUUAAGCGGCCCCGCGGACUCCAGCUUAACUUCCGCGAGAUUGUCCGGCGCACCAACACUCCGUUCAUGAUUUCGCUGAGAGCGCCGCCCGGCCGACCCGACUUUUUCGCCAAGGGCUUAGAGAUCAAGGGCCAGAUGGUGUUUUGUCCCGAGUCGAAUUCGCUGCUGUUUGUGGGCUCACCGUUCUUGGACGGGCUGGAGGGGUUGACUUGUAAUGGGCUCUUCAUCUCGGAUAUACCGCUACACGAUGCGACCCGUGAGGUCAUCUUAGUGGGCGAACAGGCCCGGGCUCAGGAUGGGCUGCGGCGCCGCAUGGACAAGCUGAAGAGCUCAAUCGAGGAAGCGAACGCGGCCGUCAUCAAGGAGCGCAAGAAGAACGUCAGCCUGCUGCAACUCAUUUUCCCGGCCGAAAUCGCCGAGCGGCUGUGGCUCGGCGCGCAGAUCGACGCCAAAACCUACCCGGAAGUAACGAUGCUGUUCAGCGAUAUCGUCGGCUUCACCAGCAUCUGCUCGCGGGCCACACCGUUCAUGGUGAUCAACAUGCUCGAGAACCUGUACAAACACUUUGACGAGCUGUGCGGCUUCUUCGACGUGUACAAGGUGGAGACAAUAGGCGAUGCGUACUGCGUGGCUAGCGGGCUACACCGGGCGAGCAUCUACGAUGCGCACAAGGUGGCGUGGAUGGCAUUGCGGAUGAUCGAAACCUGCACGCUCUACAACACCCAUGAUGGUCAGCAUAUUAAGAUGCGCAUCGGUAUCCACACGGGCACGGUACUGGCCGGGGUGGUGGGCCGCAAAAUGCCUCGAUACUGUCUGUUCGGCCACAACGUGACCAUCGCCAACAAGUUCGAGUCCGGUAGCGAGGCCUGUAAGAUCAACAUCAGCCCGACCACGCACGAGUGGCUCGUGAAGCAUCCGGACUACUGCUUCGAGUUCGCAACUCGCAGCGUCUCGUGUAUGCCUAAGGAGUUUACCGACUCGGCUGGCCUGACCUGUUACUUUCUCGAGGGUUACAAACACCCGACACUCAGCAAUGAUAGACCAUUGAAGGAGCACAUAGAGGAGGCGAUGAAACAAACGCUGCGCGACACUAAUGAGACCGUUACCGUAGAAAUUAAUUAAACAAUUAACUAAUGUCCUGUAUUUCGGAACCACAAUCAAACGGCGAUAGGCUGGGCUAGAGUUAGAGAACGUGCCAGCGUGCCAUUGAUAUUUAUUGAUGUUAGUAAAUGUUGAACGUGGAUAGAAGCAUUCUCCUGCGGGCUAUCGGUAAAAUUCAUUACUCCAUACUCUUUCUAUCUAUAUACAUGAUCUAUUUCUAGCAAAUCGUGAUCGUGAUGUUGACUUCAGAGCAUUAUAUUUAAAGAAUAAAACGGUGAAU